AUGUCGAUAUUAAAACAACCACCUCCCAAUGAAGCAGACGUUAUCUUCAAUCGCGCAAAUAUAGCCCUCGCCCGGAGUCAACGACUUGUCGCAUCAUGGCUUCCGGCCAAGACCGAGGAGGAAACAUCGGCUAGCCGAGAGGGCAAGACCGAAGACGAGGAUGAUGACAAAAUAUUCACGGCCGUUCCUGAACGACUAGGUCUUGGGGCACCGAUACCCGCAAAACCGGGCUUUGCGGCAGAUGGAAGUUUGACGAAUAGCAAUAAUAAUAUAAAAUUGAAUGAUAAAUUACGACAGCGAUUGCUAGGCAAGAAUGCGAAGAAAUUCCUACAGCAGCAGCAACAACAACAACAAAGGCAGGCCAACAAAUCCGGGACGUCUUCAGCACCGGGUGAGAAUGCAGUCGGACAUAAUGAUGAUGACGACGACGAAGAUGAAGAAGAAGGAAGAACAUCGCUUGGAAAAAGCAGAAAACCCAACAGCAAGAAACGGAAGAUAAAAUCUACGGAUGCGGAGAUGGUGCCUGAUGAAGAUAAUAAUAACAACAACCACGACGCCGAAAUAAACAGUGCCAACGGUGCGAAUGACGUCGACGAUGAGAAUGGGGAUAUCAAACAAAUACCAACAGUGGUUCCUGUCCCUUCUUCUUCAUCCAGCUCGAAACGAAAGAAAGCUGCAACAGGCAGCUAUUUGGAUGAAUUGUUAGAUAGAAAGAAGAAGAAAAAGAAGAAAGCGGCGAAUGAGUAG